GAUUUAAAAAAUCUCAAAAAACACGUGCCUCUUUCAAAUCAAAGCUUACCAUAUUUAAAUCAUAUUUAGAGCCUCUUUUGUCAUGCCAUACGCUAAAUAAUUUGCAAAAUCAUGAGCUGAAUACCAGAUUCAUUAAAAUCCAAGAUAUGUACAAUGAUUUUGAUUCCGUUCAAACUGAUAUAGAAAAUUUGACGGAAAUUCCAGGUGACGAACACACAGAACGGGAAAAUUUCGAGACAAGCUACUUCGGUGCCUUGGCUGCUGCGCAGGAACUGCUCAGCAGGCACACCGCGGCUGGUGCUGCUUCUGCGGCGCCUGAGGACAAUCUGGUAACGGGUUCCAAUGUCGUUACUGCACUCACAGGUGGGCCAAAUAUUAAAUUACCUACAAUUCAUUUACCUACCUUUUCUGGGCGCUAUCAGGACUGGUUAGAAUACCAUGAUACCUACAAAUCUCUCAUACACGAUAAUCAAUCAAUUCCAAUUAUCCACAAAUUUCAUUAUUUGCGAAGUUCAUUGAAAGACGGUGCUUCACUCGUAAUUAAAUCACUAGAGUUCUCGUCUGAUAACUAUAAGGUCGCAUGGGAUUUGCUUUGUGAACGUUACACAAACGAUAGAAUAUUGGUAAAUAAUCACUUAAAUGCAUUAUUUAACAUAAACCCCGUGCUUCAAGAAUCUUCAAGGGCCUUACGAAAUACCAUAGAUUUAGUCAAUAAAAAUCUCAGGGCUUUGAAGACUCUUAAUUUACCCACAGAGCACUGGGACAUCCUCAUAAUCCACAUGGUAACUAGCAAACUCGAUUCAGCCACUUUGCGCGAUUGGGAAACCGAGCGCAAUAAUAUUAAAAAACUACCAACAUUAACGGAAUUUACCACUUUCUUAAGAAACCGCGCAGAUUUGCUAGAAACCAUGGAGGAGGCACAAACACUAAAUAAACCACGUCGACACAGCGACAUUACUCACAAUCGUCCUAAAUCAUUUCUUGUAAACCAUGCUCAAAAUCAGACUCAGUAUAAAUAUAAGUGUCCUGUUUGCAAAAAUAAUCACUCAAUUUAUCAAUGUACUAAGUUUAAAACAAUGCCAGUUGAAUCCCGCAUUAAUAAAGUGAAUCAAUUGAAUCUUUGCACAAAUUGUUUGCGAUCAGGACAUGACGAACAACGUUGCAGGCUGAGCUCAUGCCGGCUUUGCACACAAAGACACAAUACCAUGCUACAUAUAAACAAUCAAGCAAAGGCAGACCCUAAGUCUUCCACAUCCAAACCUAAUGAUUGUGUAGCAUCACCAACUCUAAAAGAGCAUACACAAGCUCCACAACAAAUUACAAACAGUGCUGCUUUAUGCUCCACGUUCGGUGGCCAUCGUGUACCGUUAUCUACAGCUGUCAUCAACGUCAGCGACUAUGAUGGCCACACACACCAAGUUAGAGUUCUCUUGGACAACGGAAGUAUAUCUAGUUUCAUUACCAAAGAUCUUCAAGCAAAAUUAAAAUUACCUACUUAUUCCACUAGCAUAUCCGUCACAGGGUUAGAAAAGAAAAGAUCAAACAUCACCGAACAUUGUGAUGUAACCAUAACUUCACGUACGCAAGAUUACACAGCAGAAGUCAAUUGCUUCGUUGUCCAAGAGAUCACUGAUAUGAUUCCAUUCACCAAACUAAAUUGUGAUUCGUUCACUAUUCCCCCUCACAUCCACCUAGCGGACCCGAACUUUCACGAGCCAUCCGAGGUGCAGAUGCUGCUGGGUGCAGAACUCUUUUGGGAGUGCCUAACAUAUAAUCACAUAUCCCUGGGCAAGAAAAAACCCGUCCUAGUUGAAACAACACUCGGAUGGCUUGUUGCAGGUUCUAUACAUACACAAAAUUCUAAACAAAAGCAACCCUAUACAGUCCAUUGCAAUCUAAUCAACAACAUUGAGCUCGAUGCAAAACUAGACAAGUUUUUUGAACUAGAAUCAGUUCCAUCCACUCAACAAAUCCACACUAAAGGUGAGAGUGAAUGCGAACGCAUAUUUACACAAUCAACAACCCGCCACCCAGAUGGUAAGUUUGUUGUCACAAUACCAUUAAAAGAAUCUCCUGAAUGUUUGGGCGAUUCUAAAGCACAAGCAUUACUUCGAUUUCAAGCAUUAGAGCAUAAAUUCAAGCGCACCAGAUGUCUUGUACAGUUGGGUCAAGAAUGCGCAGAAAAAAAUGUAAGUGAAACAAUCUUACACGAUUUCUAUGUAGAUGACUACAUCUCAGGAAAUGAUGACAAAGCCACUCUGUUAGAAACAUGCAGAGGCGUCAUUAAAACACUAGAAAGUGCUCAUUUUCACUUAAGAAAGUGGCGUUCAAAUACACCAUCAUUACUUGAUAAUUUAGUUGCAGAAAACAGUAGCGAUGAACUAUUUAAAUUGGACACAGAAAAUCACUCGAAAACCUUAGGUUUACUUUGGUCAUGUCAAUCUGAUGAGCUGCUGUUCUCUGUAGCUGAAAAUCUAAAACCCAAACCCACAACCUUGAACCCUGCCGACAUAGGUGGUAGGGGUCAGAGCGCAUCAAACCUCAAAAAUUCACUUUUGUGGUGGGAAGGACCGCCCUUCCUUCAUGAAACGGAAAUACAAUGGCCUACUCAACCACAAAACUUACCUUUAGAAAAUUUGCCUGAAGUCAAAAUACAAUGUCUCGUUUCAACUAAACAAUGCGAGGAUAAUUUUACCUCUAAAUACUCAAACUUUUGUAAAUUGCAACGUAUUAUAGCAUACAUGAAUAGAUUUGUUCAUAACUGUAAAAAUAUAACAAACAAGAAUACAGGUCCAUUAAAGGUGUCAGAGCUUAAUCUGUCUUUACAAAUGUUGUGCAAACAAGUGCAGACUGACAAAUUUAGCGAGCAACUCUCGCGUUUGCUAAAUAAGCGCCCACUUUCUCACAAAGAUACUCUGUUGAAAUUUAAUCCAUUUGUAGAUACUUUCGGAAUUAUGCGAGUAGGCGGUAGACUUGCAAGUUCAUAUUACGAUUAUAACACAAAACACCCUAUUUUAUUACAUGCAUCGCAUCACAUCACUAAAAUAUUAGUACACCAUUACCAUCGAAUGUUGAUGCACACUGGACCACAGCUGAUGCUAGCAACAUUACGUCACAGGUACUGGAUAAUUAACGGCCGUAACCUUUGCAGACAGACUUCACAAAGCUGCAUUACAUGUUUAAGAUACUCGGGUAAAACUCAUCAGCCAAUUAUGGGCAACUUGCCACUGCAAAGGGUACAGUCCGAAUAUGUGUUUGCUAACACAUCCUGUGACUACGCUGGGCCAAUCCUGAUAGCGAGCAGAAAGGGUCGUGGUUGUCAAACGAAGAAAGCAUAUAUAGUUGUUUUUGUUUGUUUGGCAGUGAGGGCGGUACACUUGGAGCUCGUCACUGAUUUGACAGCCAUGGGCUUUAUUGCCGCUUUAAAUAGAUUCAUAGCCCGCAGAGGCAAACCAGCCACCAUUUUGUCAGAUAAUGGUACUUGUUUCAUAGGGGCUUGUAACGAAUUAGCAAAGUUCCUUAAAAAUAAUUCUGAAGAAAUAACGUCAUAUUCAGCUACAAAGGAAAUAGAAUUCAAAUUUUGUCCUGCUUAUAGCCCACAUUUUAAUGGUUUGGCGGAGGGCGCAGUUAAGCAGGUAAAACAUCAUUUAAAACGAGUUACCUCAAUGGCUCACUUAGAUUAUGAAGAGAUGGUUACAUUUUUGGUUCAAGUUGAAGCUUUGCUUAAUUCUAGGCCUUUAACCCCUAUUUCAUCUGAUCCCUCCGAUCUUACUUCUCUCACCCCUGCGCAUUUUUUGAUAGGCCGAACGCUCACUAUGAUACCUGCUCCCUUGGUGCAAGACUCGCCGAUACAUACCCUAACGAGAUAUCAGAGAACAGAAGCACUAAAAGCGCAUUUUUGGAAUCGGUAUUAUAAGGAAUUCAUUUCAGAGCUGCAGGUCCGAAACAAAUGGCGCAGGGAUGGAGGCCAGCUGAAGCUUGGCGAGAUGGUUCUCGUCAAAGACGACCGCUUGCCCCCCAGCAGAUGGCUGCUUGGGCGAGUCACCGCAGUCUACCCGGGCAACGACGGAGUCAGCCGCGUCGCUGACGUCACCACCACCACAGGGACGCUGAGAAGGGCCUACAACAGGCUCUGCCCGCUCCCACUGACAUUGGACCAGGAUGGUCCAAGGGGGCCAGCUUGUUAACGCGCCCCACUCGCGGACUCGCUGAACGGGUCCCCGCCUCCCGCGCUCGCUCC